UUCUCACAAUACAAUCUUUUUCUUCAUUUUUAACAAUACGGAGUAAAACUUUUUAAUAACCUAACAAAACAAAUGCAUAAAAUUGUGAGAGGAGAUAAACGGGAAGUUUAAUCUUGAGCUUCCACCCCUCCUGACCUCCUCCUAUACAACUGUACUCAUAUCAUGGCAAUGAUAUUAUAAUCGACUCACCCGAGAUCGAUUCCCCUCUUCAACUCACCACUUUUACGGUUCUACCUAAUUCCAUUCCCUCCCUUUCCUUCGUAUCCCAAAACUCCCAGCCGCAGUGGACCCCCACCAAAAAUUUCCAAUGUCUACCGCAAGAACCCCGCAACAUCUGCUUCGAUUACUCGUGAGUUGCCGGAAAAUCUCAGCUCAGGUGACAAAUCCGGCGACGGAUUCCAUCAUUGCCAUGGCUUCUUCCUCCGAGCAAGAAUUCGUCUCCCAUUAUCGCACCAAUCUCAAUCGAUUUCCUCGAUCGCAGAAUUACUGGGACGCUCGAAUCGCAUCUCGUGUUGGUGAGAAAUUAGGGUUUCGAUUGAAGGAAAUUGGGGUUUCUUUUGUUGAGAUUGAUAUUCAUGAGGAGCUUUCUCGUCCUCAUCAUCAUCGCAAGCUUGUUAUUCCUCUUUUUGAUUCUGUUAAAAAGACUGGUGUUUCUGUUUCCGGCACUGAUAAAUUGCAAUUCUAGGGUUUUUUUUUUUUUUUUUUUUUUUUUUUUGGGUUAUUUUGGGGUUUUUUUUGUUGGAAGGAGAUUUGUAUUUCUCGAGAUUUUUAUUUGUUUAUUAAUGCAACAAUUUUGAACAUGUUUAUAUAUAAAUUGAUAAAUAUGAUCAGGUUUAUUUACUGCCUUA